AUGUCGGACAAGCAGCCCCUCAUCACUCACCUCUAUACCGCCGACCCCUCGGCCCACGCUUUCAAUGGCAAAAUCUACAUCUACCCGUCGCACGACCGCGAGACGGACAUCCAGGACAACGACAAUGGCGACCAAUACGAUAUGAACGACUACCACGUCUUUUCGCUAGACUCGCUCAGCGGUCCCGUAACAGAUCACGGCGUUGUUCUCAAGCAAGAGGAUGUCCCAUGGGUCUCGAAGCAAUUGUGGGCUCCUGACGCCGCUACCAAAGACGGCAAAUACUACCUCUACUUCCCUGCUCGCGACAAGGAGGGCAUCUUCCGUUGCGGUGUCGCCGUCUCCGAUAAGCCCGAGGGUCCUUUCGCUCCUCAAGAAAACUACAUCAAGGGCAGCUACAGUAUUGACCCCGCCUGCUUCGUCGACACGGACGGCUCGGCCUACCUCUACUUUGGUGGUCUGUGGGGCGGUCAACUACAGUGCUGGCAAAAGGAGGGACACUUUGACGCUGCUUGGAGCGGUCCACAAGAGCUUACAGGCGAGGGUGUCGCUGCACAAGGCCCUCGUGUCGCCAAAAUGACCGAUGACAUGCUCGAGUUCACCGAGACGCCUCGCGAGGCCUUGAUUGUGGAUGAAGCUGGCAAGCCCAUCCAGGCCGACGACCACAAGAGACGAUUCUUCGAGGCUGCCUGGAUGCACAAGUACCAAGACAAGUACUACUUCUCCUACUCGACAGGCGACUCACAUCUUUUGGCAUAUGCUGUUGGUGAUAGCCCGUACGGUCCCUUCACCCAGCGUGGCACCAUCCUGGAGCCUGUAGUCGGCUGGACCACUCAUCACUCUAUCGUUGAAUUCGAAGGCAGAUGGUACCUCUUCUACCACGACUCAUCACUGUCAGGCGGAAAGAACCACUUGCGCUGCGUAAAGGCAAGAGAAAUCUUCUACGACGAGAAGGGUGACAUUCACAUUUGA